UACCUCACAUGUCCCAACUGGCUUCCCCGCCCAUCUGGUGAGGGCUGGCCUUCAGCCCUCCAGCCCCCUUUUCCUUACCUGCCUGGGAAGCCAAACAUGGAUCUUCCCGUCAACAUCAGCUGAGGCUGGAGACUUCACCCCCUCCGGAGACCAUGGACGGAGACAGCCACCUGAAUGCCUCCCCAGCAAGGACGCCUCCAGCCCAGGCAUCACUGGCCUGUGCGUGCCCAGCCCGGGUACCACCUUCCAGGUCAACGCCCGGCAGGUCAUCUUCUGCCAUGUCAGCCUCCAUGACAUCGUCUCCAACGAGAGUAUUCCUUGUUAGAGCCACACCAGUGAGGGCCGUACCUGUCCAGCCAUCUCCUAACAGGUCCACACCAGCUGCCAGGGCCACCAGGGCCACCAGGGAGAGCCCAGGUAUCAACUUGCCCAAGUUCACCAGGCAGGAGGGCCUGAAGCGUAUGCUGCUCAUCGGAUGUAUCUUCCUCUUCAUCGCCCUCGUGGUGUCGCUCAUCGUUCUCUUCUACUUCUGGCAGGGCCACAUAGGGAUCAAGUACAAGGAGCCGGUAGAGAGCUGCCCCAAGCAGGCUGUGCGCUGUGAUGGGGUCGUGGACUGUAAGCUGAAGAGUGACGAGCUGGGCUGUGUGAGGUUUGACUGGGACACGUCUCUGCUUAAAUUCUACUCUGGAUCCUCCCAUAAGUGGCUUCCCAUCUGCAGUGACAGCUGGAAUGAUUUCUACUCGAAGAAGAUCUGCCAGCAGCUGGGUUUCAAGAGUGCUUACCGGACAGCCAAGGUGACCAAUAGGAAUUUUGACAGCAGUUUCUCAAUCUCCAAAUAUAGCUCCACCUUCCAGGAGAGCAUCUACAGGUCUGAAUGCCCUUCCCAGCAAUAUGUGGCUCUCCAGUGUUCCCACUGUGGACUAAGGGCCAUGACCGGGCGGAUCGUGGGAGGGGCGCUGGCCCCAGAGAGCAAGUGGCCUUGGCAAGUUAGUCUGCAGUAUGCCCACACCCACAUUUGUGGGGGCACGCUGAUCGAUGCCCAGUGGGUUCUCACCGCCGCCCACUGCUUCUUCAUAAACCCGGAGAAGAUCCUGGAGGGCUGGAAGGUGUACGCGGGCACCAACAACCUGCACCAGCUGCCCGAGGGAGCCUCCAUUGCCCAGAUCAUUAUCAACAGCAACUACACGGACAGCAAGGACGACUAUGACAUCGCCCUCAUGCGGCUCUCCGAGCCCCUGACUCUGACCGCACAUGUCCACCCUGCCUGCCUCCCCAUGCAUGGACAGACCUUCAGCCUCAAUGAGACCUGCUGGGUCACAGGCUUCGGCAAGACCAAGGAGACAGAUGAGAGGACAUCCCCCUUCCUCCGGGAGGUGCAGGUCAACCUCAUCGACUACAAGAAGUGUAACAACGAGUUGGUCUACAACAGCUACCUCACCCCGAGGAUGAUGUGUGCGGGGGACCUGCAGGGAGGGAGAGACUCCUGCCAGGGAGACAGUGGGGGGCCCCUGGUCUGCGAGCAGAACCACCACUGGUAUCUGGCAGGGGUCACCAGCUGGGGAGUGGGCUGUGGCCAGAGAAACAAACCCGGCGUGUACACCAAAGUGACGGAAGUCCUCCACUGGAUAUACAGCAAGAUGGAGAGUGAGACACGCUUCCAGAAAGCCUAAGUCUGGCUUCACCUAACGGCACUGGCUGCUGUAAAGACUCUGGCCAAUGUGACCGGGCCACAGGCACCAUCAUCUGGGCUAAAGGCCACCAGACACCAUCGUUACUGCCACCUCCACUGUCUGCUGCCUCUGUGAAUACACCUGUGUGUGUGCAUGGGCACACGUGUGUGUCACUGCUUUCCCAAGGUCUUCAGAAACCAGGAGAGCUGUCAGCUCUUCUCACACGCCAGGCUGGAAAUCACCUGAAGAUAACCGUUUGGACACCAUGGAGGUUCCCACAGGGGUGACCAUAAUGGAUGGAGGAGGUGGAGCCCAGGGAAGGGCCUGGAAGGUCACAUCAGGAAUUCUUGCUUCUCUGACCCUGACUUGGAGACUAGUCCAGAAUGGGCCGCCUCCCCCAGUGGCCCAGCCGUCAACUGCCAUCAGGGGCCAGUAAUAGGUUUCAUGGAGUACCGGGACCAUCCCUAGCGGGAAGAUAUUCCCACUGGCCUCCUGCGCGGCCUCUCCCCUCUCAGCCCUCCUGCUGGGGCCGCGCCGUGGCUGUCCCCGCUGACAACUCAGGACAGGGCUCGCUGUCCUCGUUUAGUCACAGGCUGUUGGAGGCAAAUUUCAUUUCAUUUUAUUUUUAUAUUCAAGAAAUAGAAGUAGAUGUAUUUUUUAAAAUUCUCCAAAAAUCCCAGGAGCAAAAGAACCUAAAAGAAAAAAGAGUGGAUUUACGUACAUAUAUAACUGAAUUACCUUGCUGUACACCUGAAACUAACACAACAUUGUAAAUCAACGAUCCUCCAAUAAAAAUUAAAAAAAAAAUUCCAGGAGCCAAGAGAGUUAACAUCAAUCACCUCAGGAACUCAGAGGGACUCCUGGCAGCUGUGCCCCUCUGGAGUCCCACAGAAUGCUCCUGCCCUCAAGGGGCCCUUUGAGAUACUCAGGGAAGCAAAUCCUCACUUGGGCUGGCAGGCAAAUCCAUCACAAAGAGAACCACGACCGUUGCUGCAUCCAAGGGCUGCAGGAGCAUGAAGGAACCAAUGCUGCUUCUCUGUUGGCCCUGGAGCCUGGGAAAAUCCAGGUGGAUGGGCAUCCCUGGUACCCAGGGCUGUCCUGGGACUUUGGAAUUUCUUCUCAGCUUUCUCCAUCUUUCACCUUUUCAGAGACACAGUGUUGCCAUGAAAACUGCCUUGGAGAGAAAGCUGGCUCUGUCCCCAGGCCCUCCAAACAGCUUUUCUGAAGGACCCGAGUUGCCCCUCCUGCAGGGCAUCAGUACGUCUAGCCCCCGCACCAGCUGAAGUCCUGGACCUUCCCCAUCCUUUUCUCUGGGGCACCCGAUCCUCCCGCAAUCCCAUUCUCCUACCAUCUUUGGGCCUGUCUGGUAGUGCUAUGACUCCCAUCGGCAGGGUCCGAGCAGAUCAGCCCAGCCCAGCCCAGGCAGGCGGCUGCUCGGGGGAUAGACUGUUCUGGAAGAGCAGCUGGAGUUGGCUAGCAUCACUGGGCAGGGUCUGAGGGGCCUGGUGACGUGUUAUCACAGCUGGGUUUUUUGGGGGGACGGCAACAUUCACAUCCACAGCACCCCUAGCAGUGGUCUUCAGCAAUAAAAGCUGUGUGACCUGAAAAAUGUGUCACUGGAUGUUUUCAUGGUACCCUAGGUAGAAAACUGAGAUUGUCCACCCGGGUGCCCAGACAUCCUCAGUUUUUGUUCUUAGUUUUGGUUCCUCAGCUUUGGGUUCUGCUCAUUUAAUCACACAUUCAUUUAUUUAUUCAUUCACCCACCAUAUGGGUGCCUGCUCUGUAGCAGGAAUUUGCACCAGGCCCAGGUGGUACAAAAACCACAAUGGUCCUCAGGAAGUCAUGGUCGUGACCCAGUGUGAUAGAAGCUGUGAUUCAGUGUGGACACCGUGCUUGGAACACAGCCGGUAGCUGCACCUAGAGAGGUCAGGGAAGGCUUCAUAGAUGAGGUGAGAUUUGAAAUGAGUCUUAAUAGAGUAGGUGAGUCUUCACCAAGCAGCUGGGGUGGGACAAGAGCAGGCCAGUGCCUGUUCUGUUUCCCUCCUUCCUCUUUCUCUGCCUCUGACUUUGCCAGCUCAGCAAAAGGCAUGUUUACAAAGAAACCCCAAUGCUUACUCAACUGUUUCCAAGAGAAUUGGAUGGGCGGUCCCACUGGCCUCUUCUGAAAGAUCUAGCCCUUCUUGCUCUGCACUUACUUUUCCUGUGUUUAAUAUCAAUAUAUUGACCUCACCCAUUAUGAUCCCACGAUGAAUUCCCAGCACCCUCAACACACACGCAUGCCUCUAGCCAUGAGCACAGAUUUCUCCAGGCCUGCCCCCAUGGGCCUGGCCUUUGCACACCCCAAGAUUGUUUAAUCUCCCCUGUCAACGCCAGGGGAAAUCCUUCCUCCAGUUAUUUUCUUGCUCUGUCUGCAUGACAAAGCAUGGGGAGGGGGCAGGUGCCAGGCUUACUAUAUUUAGCAGUAGGGGUAGCACAGCUGCUGUCACAGAUCCCCAAAUUCUCCACAAUCUCAGUGGCUUGACCCAAUCCAAGUUUAUUUCUCAUCUACCUAACAGUCCAGUGAGGGUGUCUGGCCAAUGGGAGGCUUUCUUCCACAUGAUUUUUC